GUUCUUGCAACAGCGUCACUGUUGCUUGAUCUCCAACAGUCCAGCUGUGGAACUCAGACUAAUGCAACAUUCAGUGAAAAAAUACCAUCCAUCCCAAUCUCAGUGGACAUAUCCAAAUGGACUAAAGCUGGGAUUUCUUCCCCGAAACUUUUUUUAGUCUGAUGUUUGGACAUUUUUUCUUGGAUUCAUGAAUGUUCUGCAGCUCUGUGAACUAAUAUUUCUUCAGCACUGCGGACGGUUUGGAUUUUUUUAAGAGAACAUGUUGUUGCCUUUAUCAGAAGAAGCUUGUUUUGGGAAAUAUCGAAAGCUACUCCCAAGGUUUGAUCAAUUCAAGACAACUUUCAGCGACUCCCAAUGCAAAAAAGUGCAACAACUGCAUACUGAGGUGUAACUUUUUAACAAAUAAUAUUGUUUUAUUUUGAGCUGAUUGAUGAUGCAGAUUCUUUUGUUUUAUCUUUGAUGUGAAAAACACACCUCUUGUGACUGAGUUGUGCUGGUGAAUAAUGGAUGUCAGCCUGAACAGUACAGCAUCCAGUGUGAUCAACAGAACAGGACCCUACCACCCUGCAUUGGGACCCUGGAGCCUCAUCCUUUUAGUCAUCAUCAUACUGACUAUAGUGGUGGGAAACUUGUUAAUCAUCAUAGCUGUAGCGCGCACUUCACAGCUACAGACAACGACAAACAUUUUCAUUAUGUCUCUGGCAUGUGCAGACCUAAUCAUGGGGGUCUUCGUGGUGCCUCUGGGGGCCACUAUUGUGGUGACAGGGAACUGGCAGCUCAGUGACACAUUCUGUGAUUUCUGGACUUCUGUGGACGUCCUCUGUGUGACGGCAAGCAUCGAGACACUUUGCGUCAUUUCAGUGGAUCGCUACAUAGCCAUCACGAGGCCGCUCCGAUACAAAGUCCUGUUGAAUAAGUGGCGUGCUCGGGUAAUAGUUUGUUUGGUGUGGGUUGUGUCAGCCUUAAUUUCCUUCGUCCCUAUUAUGAAAGGAUACUGGCGUGCAUACAAUGACCCUGAAGCAGAGAAGUGCUACAGAGACACUGCAUGCUGCGACUUUGUGACCAACAUGGCCUUUGCUAUUAUUUCUUCUAUUGUGUCUUUUUACAUUCCUCUGAUCAUUAUGAUAUUUGUGUAUGCAAGGGUUUUUUUGAUAGCAACACGGCAGGUACAACUCAUAGACAAGAAUCGAAUGCGCUUCCAGAAUGAAUGUCCAGCAACACAGUUACAAGUUGCAUCACACAUCAACAACAUCCUGUCAUCUGCUUGUACAGGAUCCAGUGGAAGAAAGAGUACCAAGCGAAGGCCAUCACGGCUCAUGCUUGUAAAAGAACACAAAGCCCUCAAGACUUUGGGUAUCAUCAUGGGGACUUUCACCGUGUGCUGGUUGCCGUUCUUUGUCGCCAACAUCAUUAAUGCUUUUAUCAGAGACAUUCCUUCUGAGCGGAUCUUCAGGCUGUUAAAUUGGUUGGGUUACAUCAACUCUGGCCUCAAUCCCAUCAUCUACUGCAGGAGUCCAGAGUUUCGUACGGCUUUCAAGAACUUGCUAGGCUGCCCGUGGUUCUCUACGCUGCAGCUCAACACUUUCUAUAAAGAGCUUCAGACUCGUUGUUCCUGUUUUCUGUGGCAGGCAGACUCGGGCACAGCCAGCUCUUUCCAAAAGUCUCCAACUGGUAGGACUGAGGGCAGCGAGAGUUUGGCCAGUACACAGGGAAGCAGCAAAAGUGAAGAGGCAUCCCCCGGUCCACUACAGUCCAAUGGCAGCACACAGUUCAGUGACUUAUCAGAACCUGAAACUAAAUUCUUCACAUUACAGGAAAAAGAUGGCUGAAAACUGUAAAAGGUCAAACUACUGAAGCAAACGAGCCCCCAGUGUUUCCUGAGACCAGCGAGCAGCAGGGACAGGCUGAAGAAGAGGACAUCUACCAUCUACCACUCAUUAAAAAGCAGCUAACAACGUUAGGAGAGCUAAGUGGAACGAGUGUGGAGUAACAGCUGAUCAGGUCUAGACAGUAACACUGGCGGGUUUCACUUCUUUUGGACUGGAGGUGGACAGUGAAAACUGAGCGCUUUGGUCAUACAAGGUGAAGAAAAAAUCAUCACCUACACACUGUUUGCAACAGACUCCUGACUAAGACAACACUGAACUAAAAGUUUAAAUGCAUUCCGGGAAACCUUUGGCCUCGGUGAAUGUGGCCUUAAAAUUAUAGGAAGUUUUGUACAGUAUAUUAUCUAAUAAGUUAUAUAUUUAUAAUACACUGAAUCUGUAGUAAAAUACCAAAGUCAGCCAGUUAAAAAGCAUAUGCCUUCAUAUCAAUAAUUCCGUGGUAAGGUCACAAAACCAAAGAGCUGCCUAUUCACCUCUUCAAGUCUGAGGUCUGUUUUCAGUCUUAAUUUUUCUACUUUGAGCCACAUAGUUGUCGUUUAGUGUAAAUCUCCUAGUCUUUUGUCAUGCAAUAUUUAUUUCUGACUGCCCGACUGUUUAGUCUUUACUCUACAGUCACAAAUCUGGUCAGUUCAACGGUCAUUGUGCAAGGUACAGUAUUACACAUGGGGGGUAACAAUAACAUGACAUGUUAAAUGCACUAACUCACUCAAUUUUUGACUUAAAGCUUCAGCAAGGAUUUAUUGGGUAAAAAUGUCAGUAUACUGCAAUUCAACAAGAAGAAGAAGGGGGGAAACAAGAUUUCUGCAAUGAAUUUCUGCAAAUCAUCUCUAAUUUAUAUUGUAGAAUGACAAUUUUGUCUUUCAGAGAGAAGGGAGAUAAAAUGAUUGACUUACACAUGUAAUGAGCAAUCACUGACCAGACUAUAUGCCUCAUCACAGAAGUCCCGCCCCCUCCACUUUGCCCAUUGUAAAUAAUUAUAAAAAAUAUGAACAGUGGUCAAUAGCAAAAAGCAAAUAAUCUUUUUAUCCUGUGUUACUUAUGCCACCAUUUACACAUAUGGCAUUUGUCAAUCUAAAAGUCAAUUCUACGAGUCAAGAAAGUAGUGAUCUGUGGCAAAGAUAGUAAAGAAACAUAGUUUUGUGUUAAACAGCUUAAUGGAUUACAUCUCUUGGUGCCUGUGAUACACAUGACAAACACCAAAAUGUCCACUAUCUUGCCACAUUACCUCAUUCUUCUUGAGUGAAAUGAAAAAGUGUUUUAAGAGUCUGAUCAUGUUAAAGCUGCAAAAACAUCUUCUGCGACUCUGAGCAGAUUGUGGACAGAGGCAGCUAGGAUGAUGUCACCUCCAUGACUUCCGGGUGUGUUCAGUAGUUUUACCGCAAACUGCAACUUUCUUGCUUGCAAAAAACCUUCCAACUGACAAACAUCAUAUGUGUAAACAAUGGCAAAAAAUUACAUCUCUCAUGAUUGAUUGCAAUACAAUUUUUCUGAAAUCAGGUCCCAUCGUGCACAACUGGAAGGUACAGGACUUCACCUCUUCACAUAGCAACCCCUCACUUCUUUACAUAGCAACUUGAUGUUUAAAAAAAUAAUAAUAAAAUAAGAGAAGAAUGUUUAUUUUGUCAGAGCGUUCACGCACCACACUGAAAUUUGUCUUCUGCCUUUAACCCAUACAUACAUGCAUCACACACUGCAUACUAGGAGCAGUAGGGUAGCCAUAUCAGAUGCCUGGGGAGCAAAUGAAGGGCUAAGUGCCUUGCUCAAGGGUACAUCAGCCAACAACUCUCUGCCAGUCCAGGGAAUUGAACUGGUGAUGCAUCAGUCACAAACCAACUCUCCAGCCAUCUCUCCAACCAUCUAGGCCACAGCUGCCCCCAUUUUCUAUCUUUAGUUACAGUUUUUGUGUAGGACAAAAAUGAGAGAGGUACAGGAAGGUGUGUACUUAAAAAUUCUGAAAAUUCUAACAAUUAUGCCUACUGAAGCUUUAAGUGGCCAUGGUGUAAGUCCA